AUGGCGGGCGGGCGGCGGGCGGUGACGGUGGCGCUGCUGGCGCUGGGCUCGGUGGUGCUGGCGCUGGCGGCCGCCGUCCUGCUCCGCGCCUUCGUCCUGCGAGCCCCGGCCGGGGUGCCGCGGCUGUGGGCACGGAGCACCGGCACUGCCGCCCUCAGCGCCAGCGAGCGGCGGGAGCUCAAGGAGGCGCUGCGAGGGGCCAUUAAAAUCCCAACUGUGUCCUGGUCUCCAGAGGAUUUGAACACAACUGCCAUGGCAGAAUUUGGGGCUUACAUUCGGAAAGUCUUCCCAGCUGUAUUUUCUUCAAAGUUCAUCCAGCAUGAAACUGUUGGCCAAUACAGCCACCUGUUUACAGUGCAGGGCUCAGCCCCUGGCCUGCUGCCCUACAUGCUGCUGGCACACAUGGAUGUGGUGCCUGCUCCCCCUGAGGGCUGGGAUUUCCCUCCUUUCUCAGCUGCAGAGCACCAGGGAUUCAUCUACGGCCGAGGAACGCUGGACAACAAAAACUCUGCCAUGGGCAUUCUGCAAGCUCUGGAGUUCCUGCUUAGGAGGAAUCACCGACCCCAGCGCUCCUUCUACAUUGGCAUUGGCCACGAUGAGGAGGUGUCUGGGCUGAAGGGAGCAAGGAGAAUUGCAGCUCUGCUGGAAGCCAGAGGGGUGAAACUCUCCUUCCUGCUGGACGAGGGGAGUGCAGUGCUGGACGGCAUCAUUGCAGGGGUGAAGAAACCAGUGGCCAUGAUUGCUGUCACAGAAAAAGGUUCAAUGACACUGAACUUCACAGUGGAAAAGGAGCCAGGACAUUCAUCCUUUCCCCCUAAGGAGACAAGUAUUGGCAUUCUGGCAGCAGCCAUGUCCAGGCUGGAGCAGAAUCCCUUGCCCAACCUGUUUGGCCACGGCCCAGAGCUCAUGACCAUGGAGCACCUUGCAGCAGAGUUCAAGUUUCCUCUCAACAUCAUCAUGAGCAAUUUGUGGCUGUUCUCACCUAUUGUCAGCAGAGUCCUUGCCUGGAAACCUUCCACCAACGCCUUGAUCCGAACAACCACUGCAGUCACCCUGUUUAAUGCAGGAAUCAAGGUGAAUGUCAUCCCUUCCAUUGCCAGAGCCACAGUGAACUUCAGGAUCCAUUCAGCUGAGACAGCUGCUGAGGUGCUGGAGGCAGUCAGGAGCACCAUUGCUGAUGACAGAGUGAAGAUUGACGUGGUGGAGGCCUUUGACCCGCUGCCCAUCAGCCCUUGGGACCAGCAGACAUUUGCAAUCCACAUUUUUCAAAAAACCAUCCUGGACAUUUUCCCAGAUGUUGACAGUGUGGUGCCAGGCACGUGCAUCGGGAACACGGACAGCCGGCACUUCAGCAACGUCACCAAGGCCAUUUACAGGUUCAACCCUCUGCUGCUGGCCCAGGAUGAUCUGCCCAGGAUCCAUGGCUUGAAUGAGAGAAUCUCCAUUGAGAAUUAUGAGAAGCAGGUGGAGUUCCUGUUUGAGCUGAUCAAGAACUGUGACAUUGAGACCCUUCCAGAGCCCCACGCCAGCUCCCACGAGCUCUGAGAGGAUUUUGGGAGGAGCAGCUAUUUUUUAAUAUUUUUAAUUUUGCAGGUGGACUCUGGGACAGGGCCUGAAGAUGCACUUUUGGAAUUUGGGGGUUUUUUUAUAUUGUGGUUUACAUAGAGAUGGGAAAAGUGCAGGUUGUGUGAUAGGAACGUGGCCAAAUACAACAGCUAACCCUGAUUUCUGCUCUGAUGUGCAGCACUAAUUAUUUUCAGCUCUUUAAACCUCUGAAAUUGGUAACCACUAAAAAUCUGAGCUAUACCCAGCAGUCACUCACCCUGUGUGCUUUGACAAACUCCUUUUGGAUGGUGAAUGGAUUUUUCCAGAAGCCCACAGGGAGGGUUUGUGGUGUGCUCAGAGGGUUCCUGUCACUGGUGCAGCCACACUGAGGGGUUCUUGCACUGCUGCUGCUUCCCAGGGGAUUCUCCCUUGGCUGCACUGAUUCCUGACUCUGUUCUCAGGUAAUCCAGAACUUUCUAUGUUGUAACUGAGGAGGGGCUGAAACUUUGCUGUCCAUCAUUUUAGUGCUGAUUUUUGUUCCCUCCAUGACUCAGGGUGUGUUGUGUUACUGUGUGUCAGAAUAAGGGAUUGCAGCUUUAAAUCCCUCUUGUCUGCUCCUCUCUUUUCUCACUUUGUUCUUCUGAAAACUUAAUUUUGAAAGAUGUGAAACCUUUCAGUUUCUCCCAGUUCAUUGUUCACUCCCAUGGCUGCUGCCACUGAUUCCUGACUCUGUUCUCAGGUACUCCAGAACUUCUGUGUUGUAACUGAGGAGGGGCUGAAACUUUGCUGUCCAUCAUUUUAGUGGUUAUUAUUUUCCCUCCUUGACUCAGGGUGUGUUGUACAGCUGGGUGUCAGAAUAAGGGAUUGCAGCUUUAAAUCCCUCUUGUCUGCUCCUCUCUUUUCUCACUUGGUUCUUCUGAGAACUUAAUUUUAAAAGAUUUGAAACCUUUUAGUUUCUCCCAGUUCAGUGUUCACUCCCAUGGCUGCUGCCACUGAUUCCUGACUCUGUUCUCAGGUAAUCCAGAACUUUCUGUGUUGUAACUGAGGAGGGGCUGAAACUUUCCUGUCCAUCAUUUUAGUGCUGAUUUUUGUUCCCUCCGUGACUCAGGGUGUGUUGUACAGCUGGGUGUCAGAAUAAGGGAUUGCAGCUUUAAAUCCCUCUUGUCUGCUCCUCUCUUUUCUCACUUUGUUCUUCUGAAAACUUAAUUUUGAAAGAUUUGAAGCCCUUCAGUUUCUCCCAGUUCAUUGUUCACUCCCUUGGCUGCUGUCACUGAUUCCUGACUCUGUUUUCAGGUACUCCAGAACUUUCUAUGUUGUAACUGAGGAGGUGCUGAAAACUUUCCUGUCCAUCAUUUUAGUGCUGAUUUUUGUUCCCUCCCUGACUCAGGGUGUGCUGUGUUACUGUGUGUCAGAAUAAGGGAUUGCAGCUUUAAAUAAGAAAUUAAAUCUCUCUUGUCUGCUCAUCUCUUUUCUCACUUUGUGCUUCUCCUUUGCUCUUCUGAAAACUUAAUUUUGAAAGAUGUGAAACCCUUCAGUUUCUCCCAGUUCAUUGUUCACUCCCAUGGCUGCUGCCACUGAUUCCUGACUCUGUUUUCAGGUAAUCCAGAACUUUCUAUGUUGUAACUGAGGAGGGGCUGAAACUUUCCUGUCCAUCAUUUUAGUGCUGAUUUUGUUCCCUCCCUGACUCAGGGUGUGUUGUACAGCUGGGUGUCAGAAUAAGGGAUUGCAGCUUUGAGUAAGGAAUUAAAUCCCUCUUGUCUGCUCCUCUCUUUUCUCACUUUGUGCUUCUCCUUUGCUCUUCUGAAAACUUAAUUUUGAAAGAUUUGAAACCCUUCAGUUUGUCCCAGUUCAGUGUUCACUCCCAUGGCUGCUGCCACUGAUUCCUGACUGUUCUCAGGUACUCCAGAACUUUCUGUGU